GUCGAGGUGGUUCAUAAGUUGACCGAGGAGGCAGGUACAGCAUUCGGACGCAUCGAGGAGGACCUCCGCAAGCAGUCACGGCAAUAUCUGUCGGCUCGGUUUGGUUUUUUGGUUGAGGAGCUGCAAUCUGCAGACAUGCUUCCAGCCAUCGUUUUCCAUGACAGUCGAGUUGGAUGUGAAGGCUUGGCCAUGGCAUUGGGCAACUACUUGCGAGAAAAGGUGGAGAAGUAUCGCAGAGAUGAGAAGAUACAGCUCAAGAUUGAGGCCUUGGUGAAACAACAAUGUCAGACUCCAGAACCAGAGGGGCAUGUUGGGAAAGAUGGCGUUCUGAUUCUCAAGCCAGAAGAGUUCGACGACCUGCAGGAGAAGAAGAGGCUGGACGCGGCGAUCUCAUUACUACAAAUGAUUCCGCGGCAGUUUACGGUGACUCCACCGGGACGCACUCAGCUGACGAAUUCUGAGCUGGAAGAGGAGUUUGAUGAAAAGAGACAUCCCUUCGAUCCUGGCCAUCCCUUGCACAGUCUUCUUCUCCAUAGUAUUGGUGUGCAUCAUGCUGGCUUGCCCGCAGUCUAUCGGCAGGUGGUGGAGCGUGUCGUGGUGUCGACGUCCACCUUGGCCCUCGGCAUCAACAUGCCUUCGAAGACCUCCGUCUUUGCAGGAGCCGGCCGGGCGGGCCGGCGCGGCUUUGACCUCCGGGGUCACAUCGUGUUCUUCGGCUUGCCGGGCAAGAAGGUUCAGAGGCUUCUAGUCGGCGAGCUGCCCAGGAUUGAGGGCAGCGUCCCCAUGACCGCAUCUUUGACGCUGAGGCUGUUGAUGAAAGCUCAGGUGUUGCCGCAGGCGGAAGACUCUGUGGCGCGGGCAGUUGGUCGUCUGACCAGUUGCCCCUUCUUCUGCCCAUCGCCAAGCAUUCCAUUCCAACAGGCGCACCUCUUUCAGUUUUUUGUCCGGCAUCUCUUUGCGGAAGGCUUCCUGGGACCUGCAGUCACGGACUACGCGGGCUUUGUGGCGCACGUCUGGUGGGUGGAGCCGGGGAACUUCGCACUGGUCUCACUUCUCCAGGAGCGAGGCAUCCUAACGGAGCUGUGCCAGGGCCCACCGAUGGCACUCCCGGUCCGGGGCGCGCCUCAAGAAGAGGCUCAAGUCCUCGGUGGUAGAGCUGCCUCCUCUGCCUGA